AUGAAAUCCACAACCUCCAUCCUUGUUCUGCAGUCGGUUGCUGCUUGCGCGGGUUUUACGAUGCCAGAGAAAUUGCCUAAUGGUGUAUACAGUGUACAUGUGAACGCUCAAGGUCUUGAAGUCUAUGAUGGACUCACAGUUGACCACAGCACCACCGUGACUCCGAGAGCGCCUUCGCCUCAGCUGAGGGCUCGCCAGUGGAAAGAUGAAGGUGGAUGGGACCGGAGUGAUCCGGAGACGUUCUGUGGAUGUGGAAAUUGCGAUACAGCAGUCGACAUGCUUAAAGGACAAUUUGACAGAUCCGAUGGCGGCGUGGGUGAGGUCACUCAAGCUUGGUAUUCCAUUUGGGGUGAUGUGCCGAUGAAUUCUUCCCGAUACGCUGAUCUUCUUGUGCAUAUCACCGAUACAUGUGGCUGGUAUGUGCCAGGAACACUGGUACCGUCUUCCAUCGGGUUUUCUACGAUUGGCUGUGGGUACAUGAACUAUGCCCCUGGCCUGGACUUCUGUGCCAAUUCAGACAGCGGUAAAUUCAUGGGCCGCAACGGACGUUGUUGA